UCUGAAGAUCUGACGGCAUCAAGUCCUCCCAAGUGAGACAGAGAAUUGCACUGGAUCAGAGCUCAACUCACUCUCUCUUUCUUUGCCAAACCCUACUCUCUCUCUCUCUCUUCAGGGUUUUACAGGGUUGAAUGAUUUACCUGUGAAGAAGGAGAUUCAAAGAAAAGAAAAGACACAAGAGAAAUGGCAAGCCAAGCAGCUAGCUCUUUCAAUGGCAACGUCAAGAAAGCACUUGCUGGGCUGAGACGCAUAAACCUGGAUGGUCUGCGAUGGAGGGUAUUUGAUGCCAAAGACCAGGUCCUUGGCAGAUUAGCAUCUCAAAUAUCUACUGUGAUUCAAGGAAAGGAUAAGCCGACGUAUGCUCCAAAUCGUGAUGAUGGGGAUAUGUGCAUCGUGCUUAAUGCAAAGGAUAUUUCUGUCACUGGGAGAAAACUUACAAACAAGUUUUAUCGCUGGCAUACUGGGUAUGUGGGCCACCUCAAGGAAAGGAGUUUAAAGGACCAGAUGGCUAAAGAUCCAACAGAAGUCAUCCGAAAAGCUGUAUUACGCAUGCUUCCAAGAAACAAAUUGCGUGAUGAUAGAGAUCGAAAGUUGAGGAUAUUUGCUGACAGUGAGCACCCCUUUGGUGACAGGCCCCUUGAACCAUACAUAAUGCCUCCUCGAAGAGUACGUGAAAUGCGUCCCCGUGCAAGGCGAGCAAUGAUUCGAGCUCAGAAAAAAGAGGAGCUGCAAAAACAGACUGCUAAUGAGACAGUGAAAGGUAAAAGGAGAGUAGUUAAAGAAGAAGUGAAAGCAUAAAGAGUAGUUGUAGUUUGUUCACCUUUCUGGGAGAUGGCAAUUUCUUGUCGUUUAUGCAUCCACCGUAAAUGUGGGCAUGGAUCAGCUCUUAUCUGGAAGGACAAUCGAAUAUGUUUGGUUUAUGAAAUUCUUUUAUGGUUUGUCAGAAUUCUAAUUAAAUGUUUGUAUCGAGGUGUCAAAACCUUGAGGAAAGGAAAACAGUGAUCAAUUGCCCUUGAUAUUGUCUAUUGAAACUUCUUAAGGCA